AUGCUACCAUUAGUGUUUGCCCUGCUGCCUGACAAAUUAGAGGCGAGCUACACGCGGGUUUUGGAGGCCAUCAGGGACGUGUGUGUGAAGAAACAUCUUCGGCGCCCAGACCCGGCCACCGUCAUAAUGGACUUCGAGAAGGGGAUGAACAACGCAGUACAGACCGUGUUUCCCGAUGCUGAGCUCAGACUCUGCCUCUUCCAUCUAAAACAGUCUGCAUUCAGAAAGAUACAAAACCUAGGGCUUGCUGUACAGUACCGGGACGAAGAAGAUGACAGCAUCAGGAUGGCGUUUCGGCAGAUUUUAGGGGUGGCCUUCGUGCCAGUUGACGACGUGGAAGAGGCCUUCCGGCAAGCCCAGGAAGAUAUUCCCGACGAGAUGAAGCCGUUCUCCAAUUAUUUUGGAGAGACCUACGUGCUGGGAAGAGUCGUCCGCGGGCGACGUCGCACGGCUCCCCGGUUCCCGCCGCACCUCUGGAACCAGCAUCUGGCCGCCCGCCACAACGAACCCCGGACCAACAAUGCCACUGAGGCUUGGCAUAACCGCUUCCAGAAAAUGAUUGGCAAAAGUCACCCGACGAUCUUCAACCUCGUGAAGGAGUUCCAGAAGGAGGAGGCAGAUGUACGGGUCAUGAUGGCAGAACUCGACGCCGGGAGGACCAUUCGGCAGCCGCAACGGCAGAAGUACCGGCGCAUCAACGAGCGCCUCCGAAACCUUACAACGAAUUAUGCGCAGUACAAAGAAGAGGGGCGCAUCGUUGACUUCACUCGUGCCUGUGGGCACAACUUCUGUGCAGACUAAAUAAAUGAAAGUAACAAGU